AGUUCACAAGGAAUGGAAGGGAGGUAAUGAUUUUCGGAGCGAUGAGGAAUUUCGAUUACGGGAGUGACGAAGCGGUUCAAGAGUCGAAGAAGGGUGGAGAACGCGAUGCUUCUGUGAGUUUGUCAUCGCCGGAGAGAUCGAGGAUUCGUAAAAGCGUUGAAGGGAUAUCGAUGUUGGCAUCUACAGAGGUGUCGAAGGCGUCGAAGACAAGGCGGGGAACUUCAUAUGGGUCGCCUGCGUCAUCUCCGGAGAAGACCACGAGGAGGGGAACUUCAUAUGGGUCGCCAUCUCCGGUGAAGGCCACGAGGCGUGGUUCAACUCUGUCUCCUAGAGUUUCGAAGAAGCAGAAGGUAAAUGUGGCUCCUUCUGGUGAUGACAGAGAGGAAUGGCCAGAGACUGAGAUGUUGGCAUCAACAGUUGCGAAGAAGACAAGGCGGGGAACUUCAUAUGGCGGGUCGCCUGUGUCUCCUAGACAAUCGAAGAAGCAGAAGGUAAACUCGGAGAGGAGUCUAGGUGAUGAUGGUGAUGACAGAGAAGAAUUUCUCCAGAUUGAGGAAUUUGGGGAUAUAGGUGAUGAUGGUAGGGAAGAUGAGAACGGUAUUGCUGGCAUUGAGGAAGUUGGUUGUACAGAUUUGAGUCUUUAUUUUGGUGAUAAAGCAAAAAAUGAUGACUGUGAGGUUGAUGAAGACGAAGGCGAUGAUGAUGCAUGGGAUGAUGAUAAAAUCCCUGAUCCUGUGUCAUCAGAUGAUGAGAAUGAAGAGGAGAUGAGACCUGCGCAAGCUUACAGAGAAGACACUGAUCCAGAGGAGCUCCUUCAGCUAGGCAAGACAUUUUCAGAUGCUGAGGACUUCAAACAUGCUUGUCUGAGGUAUACCCUGAAAACCAGAUACAACAUCAAGUACUACAGAUCCAGUAGCUUGAAGAUGGGUGCAAAAUGUGCCGCUGAGAUGAGAGAUGAUGAAGCUCCUUGUCCCUGGAUGGUCUACUGUUCGUAUGAUAGGAGGAAACAGAAGUUGAUGGUAAAAGCAUACGUCAAUGACCAUAAGUGUGAGAGGACAGGGUAUUCCAAGAUACUUAAGAGGUCAGCAAUUGCAAGUCUAUUUGCUGAGAGGUUAAGGCUGAAUCCUAAGCUCACGGCAAAGGAGAUACAGGCUGAGAUAUUGAGGGAGUAUAAGAUGGAAGUUUUAGAAAACUCAUGCAUUAAGGCCAAGACGAAGGUGAUGAAAGAAAGGAGAAAGACCCAUGAAGAGCAUUUUGAUAAAAUCUGGGAUUACCAAGCAGAGAUAUUGAGGAGCAAUCCUGGAUCAACCAUGGAAAUUGAAACCAUACCAGGAGCCACGGUUGGAAGCAAGCAGCGGUUCUAUAGACUCUACAUGUGUUUCCAAGCACAAAAGGAAGCAUGGAAGAAGACUUGUAGGCCUGUUAUUGGCUUAGAUGGAGCCUUUUUGAAAUGGGACAUCAAGGGACAGUUGUUGGCUGCGGUUGGAAGAGAUGGAGACAAUAGGAUUGUCCCUAUUGCUUGGGCUCCUUUCUACACAACCUCUAAGUGGCGUGAAACCUACAGUUUUGGGAUCAGACCUGUAAAUGGGAUGAUAGAGUGGCCUCGGACCAAUAGAUUAGGUGUGAUUCCACCACCUAAUCGAAAUGGCAAGCCUGGUAGGCCUAAAAACCAUGAUCGAAAGAAGGGAACCAAUGAGACAGUGUCUACUACCAAGCUGAGUCGUGCGAACAGGGUAAUGACCUGCUCUAAUUGCAAAGAAGAAGGGCACUACAAGAAUACAUGUCGGAAGGCUUUUGUUGAGAGUCCACCUAAGAAACCAAGAGGCAGACCAAGGAAAUAUCAGGGACUACACUUUGGCGAGUCACAAGCUCAAUCCUCAGAAGCUCAAACCUCACAAAAUCAAUCCUCACAAGCUCAAGCAUCAGCAUGGGAAGUUCCUCAAUCUUCAGAAGGUCAAUCCUCACAAGCUCAAUCAUCACGAUGGGAAGUUCCUCAAUCCUCACAAGCUGAAGCAUCACAGACAGCAGCGUGGGGAAGAUGGUUUUUUUAGAUGCUUGUGUGUUGUUUAUGAUGGUCUCUGUCUGAAUGCUUUCGUUGUGUGUUGUUUAUUUUCGUUGUGUGUUGUUUAUGAUAGCGUCUCUGUCUGAAUGCUUUUAGAACUAGAACUACCUUUUUCUUUCUUUUCUUCCUGCUGUUUUAAUUUGAAACUGUCG